CAAAAAUAUCAGUUGUUUGAACAUCGCCAUGACUGAAAUCAACCUCAUCACUGGCAAUGCUAAUAAGAUAGCCGAUAUCAAGGCUAUCCUCGCCUCCUCCGGAAUUACCGUUCGCAAUCAAUCUCUUGAUUUGCCUGAGAUACAAGGAUCGAUCGAGGAAAUCACAAUCGCAAAAUGUCGCGCAGCUGCAGAGAUGGUCGGUGGUCCAGUCGUCGUGGAUGAUACAGCUCUUUGCUUCAAUGCGAUGAACGGCAUGCCAGGCCCUUACAUAAAAUUCUUCCUCGAGGCCUUGGGACCGGAAAAGCUACAUUUAUUACUAGCUGGCUUCUCAGACAAAAGCGCUGAAGCAGUGGCGACGAUAGGAUACUGUAAAGGUCCUAGCCAUGAGCCUGUGCUGUUUCAAGGACGAAUUGAUGGGACGAUUGUACCAGCGAGAGGCGUGAUGCGAUAUGGGUGGCAAACGUGCUUUCGACCUGACGGAAUGGGUCUGACAUUGGCGGAGAUGCCAGAUGAAGAGAAGCAUAGGAUAUCACAUCUGGGGAUAGCUUUGCAGAAGUUUACUACGUGGCUGACUGAGAACAAGUUUUCCGUAGAUGCCUCGAUGAAUGAUAGAAACCCACAAUAAGAACGCUAAACGCCUGCUCAAGACACAUGUAGUCGGAAGUGCUUAGCCAGUCUCUCGUCUACUUCAUCAUGUCAAUCUCAUAACCUGGAUCAAGGAUACCCCUUCAUGUGUAAGGUAGUUUUGUCGC